AUGGUAGCUCAGUCAACCACAGCGCAACAGAGAGGCGCUUUCCUCCUGCUUGGUUUCUCAGACUGGCCCUCCCUAACACGCCGGUUUCUCUUCGCCCUUGUCCUCUUCUGCUACCUCCUGACUCCUCCGGCACACUCCGUGCUUGUGCUGCUGGCAGUGCGCGAAUCGAGCCUGCACAGGCCCAUGUCUACUAUUCCUCUGCCACCUGCCCUGGUGGACGCGGGAUUCACCACGAGCGUGGUGCCGCGCUUGUGGUCAACCUUGGCGGCCCCGGCGCUCUGCCUGCCCCGCGGCGGCUGCAUGGCCAGCUGUAACGCGUCGGCUGGCUCUGGCUCGGCCGAGUGCGCUCUGGCGGUGAUGGCGCUGGAACCGCGCGGCGCCGUGUGCCGCCCGCUGCGCUACACCGGGCUCGCCUCGCCCACCUCUGCCCGCGCGCUGGCCGGCACCGCCUGGCUCGGCGGCCUCACCAACUCCGCCGCGCAAACCGCGCUCCUGGCGGCGCGGCCUCUGUGCGCGCCCCACCAGCUGGACCACUUCAUCUGCGAGCUGCCAGCGCUGCUCAAGCUGGCCUGCGGCGGCGGCAGAAACACCAUCGAACGACAGAUGUUCGCCGCCCGCGUGGUCAUCCUGCUGGUGCCGACCAUCGUCAUCCUGGCCUCUUACGGGGCGGUGGGACGCGCUGUGUGGGACAUGCGGUCCAGCGGAGGCCGGAGAAAAGCGGUGGGCACUUGUGGCUCCCACCUGACAGCGGUAUGCCUUUUCUAUGGUUCCGCCAUAUACACCUACCUGCAACCCACGCACAGCUACAACCAGGGACGGGGCAAGUUCGUUUCACUCUUCUACACCGUAGUCACGCCAGCCCUUAACCCGCUCAUCUACACGCUCAGGAAUAAGGAAGUGAAAAGGGCAGCGAGGAAACUCCUCGGGAGUCUCUGGAGAGGGCAGGUCGGACAGUGA